AUGGCGGAAAAGUUGGAUCCAGAGAACAUACUGUUAAUCACAGACUCGUACAAAGUAAGACAAGUCUUUCAAGAGGCUGUAUUUCACGGUGAAUCACUUAAAGCCUACUUGUGCUCUUUACCUGCCUUGCAGUGCAGAAACUGUUAUUAGUGCUUUAGUUUGUAAAAUUUCACGCUUCCGGUUUGAUUCCAGAAGUAGUGAACGAUCUGUUUUCGAACGUUUUGUCUUCAUCUGAAACAGGUCUCUCAUCAUAAGCAGUAUCCAUCAGGUACGACCAUAGUAUUCUCAUAUUUUGAAAGCAGAGGAGGAAAGUUUCCAGAAGUGUGUUUCUUCGGCUUGCAAUACUUGAUAAAGGUGUGUUGUUUGAAAAACGCUUUCACUUUUGAGUUCGCGGUUUGUCGAUUUGUUUACAAGGCUUUGACGGCGCAAACUCCGUGAGUUUUAGCUCUUAGUAUUUUAAGUGGACUUCAUGAGCAGAAAUAAUUUAUUUUAGUACAAUUCAUUGUAUAUCUUCUAUUUUUUGCGUCAUCAACGGAGCAAUCGUCAAAAAAUUAAACGUUUAACCUAUAAUAAAUAAUGUGCUUGAAAUGUCAAACUGUUGUUGGUAAUGGCCCCAAAUGCACAUCGGAAGUCUUUAAGUUCUACAGCUGUAUUUGUACAAAUUUUAGAUUAUUUAUAAUGAUCAAUUCUGAUUAAUUCUGUCUGUGUCAUAGAGAUGGCUAGAGGGUCAAGUGGUAACAGCAGAAAAAAUUCAGCAGGCAACAGAAUUCUACAAGUUACAUUUUGGUUACGAUCUAUUCAAUGAAGAAGGUGAGCACAUGUUAAUCUAUAGAGGGCAUUUUUCCACCUUAAAUUGUGGUAUAUAAACAUUUGCUAAUAAUCAAUAUUAUUAAUUGUCAGGAAUGCAUGAAAAGUCAUUAAUUACUCAAGGUUCUGUCUUUAGAGGCACUUGUAAUAAGGACUUGUAAAAUAAAUGAGGUCAUUGGUUUUGAAAAUGUGGCAGAUUGCAGAUUAAUGGCUGCAAAUUUUGUGGGACUUUGGACUCCACCUGUCUAGAGGCUUAGACAUUGGACUGCAAGUGAAUUUUGAUUUUUGGAUGAUGAAUUUCCUUCCAGGCCUUGUUGGCAGUUUGAACAAUCUUUUCCUGAUGGACAUUUCUCACUAGGAAAGUCUAAGCUUUCAAGGUUGCCCAAAAUAUAACUAAUACUUACUUGAUUUUACCUUCUACAAACAUUUCUGUACAUUUUUCUGUCUCUAAGAAAAUCCAGUUAUAAAACAGAUGUCUAAACUUAAUCACAGUAAACCCCUACCACAUCAAGUUUUCAUCUUGUAUGGAUCCAUAUUAGCCCUAAACAAGCAUCACAUUAAUAGGUUAAACACUGUCCUCCUUCUCAGUUGGUAAACAGUAAAAAUUUACUGUAUGUUGUGCCACUUAUUUCCUCCUAAAAUUGCUGAAAUUCUUGAAAAUCCAAAAGGUAGAAGAGUCCCUCUACCAGUUGCCUAUCCAGCCUAAAGGGAGAAAAUUGUUUAUUGGCCAUUUAAAGAUUUGCUAGCUAUAAUCUAAAUUCACCUUCAUUAGUAAAAUAAGGACAUGUAGCCUGCACCUGCUAAAGAUAAUCAGUUUUUAAUUGAAAGUAUUAUUUUUAUUUUUCAAAGGUUGGAAGUACAUCUUGGAAAAGCAUGGAGGAAAGCUACCUCUCAGAAUAAGAGCUGUACCUGAAGGUUCAGUGGUUCCUGUUAAAAAUGGUAAGCACUGACCCCUCUUUUAUUUAUUUAUUUAUUUAUUUUUUUGUUUUCAGAUCUUUGACUUCGUUCAGUCAGUGGAAAUAUGUUGACAUAGUGGGAAAAGCUUAGUAGAAUUAGCAAGAUUUCCAAGUAAUUUGAGUGAUUUGUUUGAUAGUGAUAAAGUUGUAACCCAUUAAAGUCAUGUUCUUUCAUAGAUAAUUUGGUUUUAUAUACUGAGUUGAUAACAUAAACUGGGCUACCAUUUAGGAUCUCUACAGCUGUAUUAGGGUAAAUGUUUACUACCAAAUUAACCUUUGUGUGUUUUCCAGUUUUGUUUACAGUUCAAAACACAGAUCCCAAUUGUCCCUGGCUCACAAACUGGGUUGAGGUAAGAAGAAUGAAUUAUUUUACAACUUUAUUUAUAGAGGUUGUGUGGGACCAGUAGAUUUCCAACACAGGCAGUCAACUUUCUCUGCCUACCUACCUGUGGGCAAGAAAUUUGAUUGAAUAACAAAGAGAGAGCCAAAAUUUCAAAUCAAUUUUAACCCUCUAAUUCCCAUCAGUGACCAAGACAGAAUAUCUCCCUACAUUAUUAAUACUAAGUGAAGCAGACAAGUGAUGAGAAUAAAGAAAAACAUCCAUUAGGGGAUUAUUACAUGUAGUUGAUCUAAUACCAAAUUCUCUAAACUAACAUCAUAAGAAUUGUAUGGCAGAUCAUAAAGAGAAUUACUAAUGAGAUCCUGGGAGUGAAAGGGUGAAGGGAUCUUAAAAGUUUUCACUGAAUAGUUCCUGGAAAAUAAUACUUGGCAUGUCUAUUUCAAUCAAUCAAUAGCAUUAAUCAGCAGUGUGUGAAAUUUUGUUCAACACUGGUGAUCACUUUCAAAACAUGUUGCGUUUUUUUCCCCCUUUAAUCCCUCAGUUCUACUGUAAUUAUUUUUUUAAUUCAGAGUGAUGUUGCCUGUUUUCAAAUGAGUAGUUCAAACCAUUCACCCUAUGGUGGCUAUACUUUGACAUGGGCUCUUUUUUUUUUUUCUCUGUAGACACUUCUUGUUCAGUGCUGGUAUCCCAUGACAGUUGCCACAAACUCAAGAGCCCAGAAACAGAUCAUAGCUGAAGUACAGUACCUAAUAUAAAUAAAUUAUAUUAUUUAUUGACUGACAAAUACUACUGUGCCCCAUAAAGGAUAUCAACAAUCUUUUUGAAGUUGAAAUCUUGAUCUUCUUGACAACUCAAAUUUUUACUCCAAAACUUGAAGUUUUCUUAUCCCUAAAUACACAAUUCAGAUUUCUUUUGUGAAAAUCUAACCUGUUAAUUUUCUCAAAAUCAACUUAGAUUUUAACUGCAAGUACUCUAAUACAAGUUCUCUAAUUUCGAAGUACACAUCUUAGGUUUUUACUGCAAAAAAAAUGAUGAGUUGUUAAUUUUUCAGAGAAGUAACGCUUAUUUUUUCUGUGAAAAUCCAUGUUGUUAAUUUUUCUUAUAAGGAACUCUCAUUCUCACCAAAAGAAUGAGAAUUUAAAUUUUUCAAAAUGCAACUCUGAUUUUUAUUGCAAAUAUCAAAUUCUUUUUAGAAACAAUUUGCAUUUUUAAUGCAAAAAUCUGAGUUGUGUAUCAAUAAGGAAAUAAUAUACAACUCAGAUUUUUGCAUUCAAUCAAAACUGAAAACAGCCUUGCUCUUAAUUAGUAUUUCUGAUCAAUUAUUGUUUCAAUUUCUAGUACCUUCUUGAAACAGCAGACAAUUUGGAUGGACUCCCAUUUAAACUGCAUGAUUUUGGUUUCCGUGGCAGCACAUCAGUUGAGGUAACUUUAAGGUCCUGUAAUUGUAAGUUAAUAUAAUUACCUUUCAACAGUCUAUCAACUGAGUUCAGUAACGACCUAAGCAAUCCAUCAAUCAAUUUUUCAGUUUAAUUUGAUUUGAAUGCUGUUAAAUGUUAAUCACCCCUUGAGUUGUAGCAGCCUGUCCAUGACAAUUUUUUAUAACAUUCUUGCCAUUUCUUUUAUCUGUUGUAAACCAUGACCAUUUUUAAUUGGAAAGGUCAGGUGACCAGUACAGGAAACUGUUAUGCAAAGAACCUGUUCAUGUGAUUUUUUAAAUGACAUGUCUACAUGAAAGGAAAAAUUGGAAUAAUCUUUUCUUUCAAUAUGGAGAAAACCUCAGUCAAUAAUAACUCCUGUGAAUUUUAUAUCGAUGCUAAAUAUUUAUUGAGAAUUGUUUUCUUGCAGUCAGCAUCCCUUGGUGGUGCAGCUCAUCUUGUAAACUUCUGUGGAACUGAUACAGUGGCUGGCAUGGUACUAGCCAGGUAGGUGUAUCUGCCUUUUUCAGCACCUUACCUGUUAGUCCUGGUUUUUUGCUAGCACAGCACUGCAAGUUCAAGCAUAAGCCUCUUUUUCUUGUGCACUCAUCACAAACACAGGAAUCAUUGUAAUGAACAUUGCAGCUGUAAAACUGAGGGACAGUGCUGCAACUAUGCACACAUGUGUUCAGGUUGUAUACCACACACUGUUUAAUACUGAAAAAAAUGUUUGACAUGCACAUGAUCUUCAUGAGGUCUGCCAUACUCUGUAGACUGGCUUGUUCUAAUGCAUCUCCUUAAAGCAACGAUCUUAAUGAAAUAAACAGCACUGAAACUUCCAGUUGAUACUAGUUUGUAAUUACAGUGUUUUUAUAGUGUGAACUGUCAUGCACAGUCUGUCUAGUCUCAUGUUUACCAAUUUGUUUUAUCAGUGAGGGUUUCACUGUUACUUUUGCAAAAUAUAGAAUGCUCUAAUCUGGCGGCUAGUUACACAAUUCUCAUUUGUCUUGCAUUUAGAAUUACAUGCAACCCCACUGCAUUCUUUUUAAAUUUCUGUGAUGUAAGCUCACACUUCAGUGAUACAUUCAGGUGCAUGACUCUCUCUUUGAGGGUUUGAGUGGCAGCAAAUAUUUUUUCUGCAUUCAUCAUUAUUAAGUUGCUGUUGUAUUUUGAAGUAUCACUUUUACAUGUAGCCUCAAUCUCAAUGCAGUUUUUUUUCCAUAGGAAUUAUUAUGGCUGUGAAAUUGCUGGUUUUUCGAUCCCAGCAGCUGAACACAGGUAUAUUGAAGGUCAUGAUUAAACUGAGUGUUUUAUUUGUUUGUGUUAAUCAUUCAGUAAUUUGUGUUUUAUUGGCUCUUUUUUGCCAUGAACAGUACAAUUACAACUUGGGGGAAAGAAGGAGAGAAAGAGGCUUUUAGGAACAUGUUGGAACAGGUGAUAUUUUUUUCUGUAGCACUAUUUUAAGUUAAUGGGAAUACACUUGUCACAGACAUCACUAAACAUUGCAAAUUCACUGAGUCAAACUUGAGUCUAGCUAUGGCUGACCAUAAGUAGAACUGACAGGUGUCAAUUACAUAACUCUUGGGAUGGUUCCAUGGGCCAGUCCAUUUAAGGGUUACCCCCCUUCCCUUCCCUCCCCCCAGCAUUUUGUCAGGGGUCACUAUCAGUUUGCCACUACCCAUGUAAGGAAUGCACUGUGAGAGUAAUGUGUGCUGCUCAAAUUAUCACACAAUUACCUGGGGCCUGUUUCUCAAAAUUUCAGGUAAUUUUAUGGCACAAAUGCAUGGCUUAAAAUCUAUUGCAUUUUUUUCAUACAGUUUCCAACUGGAUUAGUUGCUUGUGUCAGUGAUAGCUAUAACAUUUGGUGAGUUUUGCACAUUCAUACUUGUUCUUUUGUAAAUUAAAGACUUUUCACCCGAAGGACUUCAUCCGAUGUUAAUUAUUUCUGUUAGACUACAAGAAGCCCCUCAUUCGCGCUAGUCCAAAAAAAAAUCAGUCAAAAAAGGGUGUUUUCCGCCGCUCAGUGUCCACCAUUUGUUUUUCGUUUUUCGCUAAUUUUUUUUUGGAUUACUGAAAAAGAGGGACUGCUUGAAAUCUAGAGAAUUGUUUGCGGUGAGUAACGUAUCCAGCUUACUCUGUUACACAAGUCAGACUGAGAGGUAAUUCCUGAGAAAUGAAUUUUUCCCCACUUCUUUGUUUGAUUUUACAGGGAGGCUUGUGAAAAAUACUGGGGAGAAGACUUGAAAGAUCUUGUUGUAGAUCGGGGAACAAACAAAAAGGGUGAGAAGAUGAGCUAAAACUUGUUGUUGAAAAUAAUAGGGGUUGGUAUUGCACCUGUUAAGCCAUACUCGUCCCAGUGCUAAGACUGAUGCAUUGACUUGACUUUAACCUUACAUCAAAAUAAUUUGGUUUCAUCAACUGAGUUGAUUAAUGUGAAUUUGCCACGGUAGAGAGUAUCCGGCUAAAGCUGACGAUUCGAGCGUUAGCCCUUCGUCAGAGCCAACGACUAAGGGCUAACGCAAGAAACGUCAGUUUUCGAAACUCUUUACGGUGGCCAGUUUGAAUUUAUCAACUCAGUUGAUAAAAUAUAAUUAUCAAGUAAUAACCUCACCAAUGCUGCAUCACAGUUUCUUUAGAAACUUACCCUUCCAUUAAAUUACAUCAAGCCUCUUUUAAAACUGUAUGCAUCCUUUCAUUUUGGAUGAUUCAUUUGCGAAUUUCUGCUUUAUAAUAUUAUUUGUGUCAGGUGUGCUCGUCAUUCGUCCAGAUUCAGGAAACCCUGCAGAAGUGGUGGUCAAGAUAUUGAAUAUUUUGUGUAAGUUGAAUUUUUUUUAUAUCACUUUUUUUCAAGAAUCUCUUUUCUUUUUUCCACAUUGUGAACGUUGAAAUUUCUGUUUUCUUGCAGAUAAAAAAUUUGGAGGGGAGAAAAAUUCUAAAGGCUUCCAUCUCCUACCACCUUACCUUAGAAUAAUCCAGGUGAGGAUUAGGAACAUUUUUUUCAUUCAAAGCGUUAUUUUCUUGUAUUUUCUGCUUCGUUCCUCACCAACGAAUGUAUUUCGAGAGAUUUGACUCGUGUCCGACGCAACCUCUAAGAAUAGCAUUGUAGUCGUCAGGACUAUGAUCGAUACAGUUCUUUGAGACACGUUAUCCGUGUGAGGCUCUGACAUUUGUGAAGGGUAUUGAAAGCAUGCUAGAUACCUUGAAGUAAAUGCACUUAGCCUCUUUCAAGUAAGCAUUCCUUCGUGUGUGAUUUUGCUAAUCCUCUCUAGUAUAGAAAGUCUUCAACGCUAUUCAAGUAUGUGAUCCAUGUGACUAUAUUCCGCAUCCAGACGACGAAAAAACGAAUUUACAAAUUCGUGUAAUUUUCUGCAAUUAUUUAGGGUGAUGGAAUCAGCUAUGAAACCCUGUCUGAAAUUUUGGAAAACAUGAAGAAGCACAAAUGGAGCGCUGAUAACAUCGCAUUUGGAAGCGGAGGUUCGCACAAGACUCCUUUGUGAAAUGUAUAAAUUAGUUGGUGACCAAGCUUGAGGUCCACACUGUAGAUUAAGGAACAAGUUUCUUCUGCGCGGGUACACUUCACGCAGGCCAUAAAUCCGAGCAAAAACAAAAGGGGUUCCGUAACCUACAGUACGGACCGAGAAAACGAGGUUGAUAAUAUAUUUAUUUUAUCUGUGGCUCUAAAGAGGAGGGGAAGAUCUCAAUUCAAAGAAAUUUUUUUUAAGUAAGCGGGCUGUACGGUGAAGAUUGACCAAUCGUAGCGUACGUAGUAACAAAAAGGUAUAAUGAUAAGGGUAAGUACAGGCGGGCGGAAUACGAGGUGGCCUGGGGAUUACAGUGCUGAAUUCCCGAUCUAAAGGUCUGGGUUUGAAAUCUGCCCGGGUAACUGCGUUGUGUUCUGUUCUUCGUACAGUAGUUGAUGAAAUAUUAUUUUUACCACAAGAGGAAUGUAAUGUCUGGUUUUGUCAAAACAGGUGCUUUGUUACAGAAAUUGGAUCGUGACACUCAGAAAUGUGCCUACAAGUGUUGCUUUGCAGUUAUUAAUGGAAAACCGGUAAGUACUGCUGGUUUAUAUUGAACUCUUUCGGUUCAAGGAUUUGUCCUUCGCCGCUUUUUUGGCAGGCUCAACGUAGGUUUCUCUUAUGCUCAAAGAAAUUGUAUCCUUCACCUGGCCGGCCAAGGCCAUGAAAUUAGUCUGCCUUCAUGGUUCAUUUGUGAGAGAUUUUCAAGAUAACAGUUUUCUUUUCCCCAUCUCUGAAAAUCCCCAACCUUGUAGUGUAUUCCGUGUUUCCCUGUUCCGUAAAGGGUACACCUGUCAGUUGUAGGAUCCCUCAGAGUCCGUUUGCUUCAGUGUGGAAAAUGGUUACCAAAACCUGGAGUGUCCAAAGUAAUCCGGGAUCUCUUUGUUUUUGCCUUACCUCGCUCUGUGGUUGGUCCAGAAAACUCGCGACAACCUCUUAACCAAUGAGAUGCAAAACGAGUUUUAAUCGUGACUUGAUCACCCACGUUUUCGCGCGCUUUUGAUGGUUUGCCUUUUUUGGCAUGAGUUCUCGUUGGCUGACGAUUUUUCCUUUUGUCAUGAUUGGCUGUAGUGGUUUUAUUUGGUUUCAGUUUUUUAACAGUUUAUUGAAAACUUCUCUAAAAAUACACUUUCAAGCUACAAGUCCUUGCCUGCUUUUUUAGGUGAACGUGUAUAAGCAACCCAUCACUGAUUCUACUAAGCAUUCAAAGAAAGGGUUGUUGUCGCUCGAACUGGAUGACACAGGAAAAUACGUAACGGUUGAGGAAGGAAAAGGAAAUGCAGACAAGGUACUAUUUAAAUUAUUUGUUUGUUUUUCGUCGGCGUCCUUUUCAAUUAACCCUGUUACUCUCAAGAUCAAAACAUCUAUUCUCUGCACUGUGUUUUACAUUCCUCUUUAUUUUUGCUUGGGAAGUUGAUGCUAAAACAUGCAGUAUCCCUUUGUGAGAAGAAAUUCCUUUGUAGUCACUCUCGGGAGUUGAAGAAUUAACCCUUUCGCUCCCAAGAUCUCAUCAGUAAUUCUCCUUACUGUCUGCCAUAAAAUUCUUAUGAUGUUAGUUAAGGAAACUUGGUAUUGGAUCAACUGAUAAUCCCCCAAAUUAUCUUUUUCUUUAUUUUUGUGGUUGUAAUUGCAAUGUUUACAAAUGCGGAGACGUUUAAACGCAGUGUUAGUCGGUUUCUCAUUUCGUUAUUACAGAUGUUGCUUCUUUAGGAAAUGCCCUGCUUUCGGAAGUGUGUCGUCUCUGUGGCUUUCUAUACUUUAGUUGUUAGUAUCCAUGAUUCAAAUGCUUAUAAACAAUUAUUGGAUGAGGCUUUUGUGAUCUCCAGAAUAAUCAAGGUCGAGGUAGGGGUUAUCAGCCGAAGCCUUCGGCUUCCUCAUCCAAUAAUUGUUUUAUUAUACAUUGAACGAAAGUAAAAAUGGUCACGAGAGUGAGUGGAACUGACGAUUUAUUUCAAAAUAUGUAAAAAUAUACAAAUCAGCAAGCAACACAAAGCGCGCGAACUUGACAUGGUUACCCUAAGAAAUCAUGCACCGCGGUCCUAUAUGAAAUGAUCACCCGUGACUAUGAAUGUCAAUCGCUUUCUGUCAAUCACAUAAGAGAUAGGGAGAUGAAUGUAUAAUAAUAGGAAUAACAUAGUUUCUUACUAAAGGAACUUUGUUUUUGGACAGGAUCUUCUCGAGACUGUUUUUGAAAACGGUGUCCUUGUGAAGGAGUAUACUUUUGCACAAGUCAGAGAGAAUGCCGAGAUCCCUUUGGUAAAAGAAGCAAAGAAAAACAAAGAAAAGAUGUAGUACUUGUUUGCAUUCGUGUAAAUUUAAUUUUCUAUUUGUUGUCUCUUCACUCAUAGCAUGCACUUGUUUAGCUGGAGAACUCAGAUCUGUUAAUGAAAGCCAGCUUGACUGGUCUAAGAAUUGUAUGAUAAGAUUGGUAGAAUGUGCGAUCACACUUUUGUUUAGAGUACUGUUUUGACUGAGGAGAAACUUUUAAAAUAACCUACAAGACGUAUCCUUCUGUAUUCCACUUGAAAUGGUAAGCGUAAGAGGCUAUCGGCGGUAACUAUGCAGCCAGGUGAAUUUAGCAAGAUCUCAAAAAACGGUGACAGUAGUUCUCACACCGUAAGGGUUUCCCUCCCGGAACGAGGGACUCUGGAGGGUACGUGGAGGGAAUGAAAAUUGUAAUUUUUUUGUGUCUGGUGUGAGUUGCUGGUUCCCUUUCCCUAUUUUCCUGGUGUUUAAUACACUGCACAUGCGGUUUGACACCAUCUCGCAGUGCGGGAGGAAGGAGAGAUCUCUUUUUAAUUGAGGGUAGAGUGAAGUCAGUGCUGAUGGGAAGACUCGAAAAGACGCUGGUGAUAGCACUGUAUGAAUCAGGACACUGUACCAGGUUAAGAGGAUAGUUAUUACACCUUAAUCUUGAUUGGUAGGUCAGACCAUGUGGUAUCUAUAGAUAUCCAGUGAAUGAAGCGCUUGAGUUGUUCACUUCCUGAAAAAUUACUUGGGGAUGAGUUUGAUUCACUUUGUCUGCUGUGCGUUUAGUACUUUACACUAUUUGUGUACGUAGCUUUUAAAAUCUUAAAAUUUGGGAAUCAUUUAUAAGCAGUUCAUAAGCACCGAAUCAUUUCGUUUGGAAUGGUAGUGUUUAUUCUACAAAUCUUAGCGCAGCAAUAGUGCGAAAACAUAUUUCAUACCAGUACGAAUGUCAAGUAUCUUACAAAUACAUUAAAAGUUGCGAACAGUUUACAUAACACAUGAAAGGGGAUUUGGCGUAAAAGAGAGAACGCUGACCACAAGGAGAGCUUUCGUUAACUUACAGGCAGAGCUGAUCAAGUGAUAGCUUGUAAAUAAAGGUGUCUUAUCUGCAGGCUUGUCACUUAGAGGGCUCUUUCCUGUUUUUUAGUAACGCAUAUAAAUCACCUUCGUGUCUUGAAGUUUCUUAAUGAGAAGAACUUUGAAAGUAAAAUGAUGAAAAUUGUAUCGUUGCGUUUGGUGAAAAAUUUCUGAGGUCAGGAAAAGUAGACUCUAUGAGUUCCAAAUUGUUGUCCCAAGAAGGCUGCUUUAGACCUUUGAGAUAUUUAUGGAGCUUUUUUUUCCUCCCUAUGGUGGAGGUUUUUUUGGCAUCUUGCACAUAAGUGAACAUCUAAAUAUUACAACCGCUGAGUAUGAAAUUUGAGUUUAUCCGUGUUAUUAAGAUAGGUGAACGUCAACAUAUUUUUAGAAAAAUUGCAAUUUCCACUAGAGUGUUUAAAUCUAUGGCGGCAUUUUCAUAAUACUUGAGUAGUAAUUGUAGUCGGUGUAAUGAGCCAAUCAGAAUUCUAAGAUUUUCAAUCGCGUUUAGCCGUGGGAAAGUAGCGAAACGUAGAUCACAAUUGUUUGAGUUUUGUAACAGAGCGGUCAAACGACCGCGCAUGCACGAGCGUUGCGCUCUAAAGGGCGUGCUUAAAUAGGCUUUGUGUUCGGAAAGUCGAGUUUUCAUUUUUCCUUCAUUUGUUUCCUUUUAGAAUUUCCAUUAACGUUUCCAUUUUCUUUAGCUUAUUUUGCGAGACAACGGUUGUUUCUUAUGUCUUUCUAUGAAAUUUUGCGCGAAAAAUUGGCGCGUGGACCGCCAAAAUUGAUUCCCUUGCGCAUGCACGACGUUUGACCGCUUUGUUGGGUUUUGCAUAUGAUUGGACGAGGAUAAGACAGCGUUGUUCAGGUUGGCUCAUUCCCAUUCCCUCCGUGUUUUCUUUUUUCUGUUAGCUCUUAAACUCGACCUUUAAUACUCCUCUAAUAGAUGUGAAAUUUUUAUAGAUAGCAAUGUCAACAUUAUAUAGUCUAAUGGUGUUAAUUUCCUUAGGAGUGAGUGAUACUAAAAAAAAUAACGCAUUUGAUAUAUAUAUUCCGUAGGUGUAAGAAUUAUGAUGUCAAUAAACUCUUUAAAUUUAAGUCCGG